CUUCCCCAGAGCUGCGGCUCCCGCGGCCGCCCGGUUCCCUCUUCCCCCUCCACCGGCUGCAGCCUCGCCCGCCCCACCGCACUCCUGGGACAGCGACCGGCUCCCGGUCCCGCCCGGCGGCUGCGCCGCGCCCCCUGCCCCGCCACACGACGACACCCGCCGGCGGGGGCGGGAGGGCGGAGGGUGAGCCGGUACACGCUGCGGAGCGCCGGCAGUCCGGCUCGCCCCUCGCACACACACACUCACAUACAUACACUCACACAGACACACGCACUCACACGCACACCGCCCGGCCGACGGGAGCCGGGGCCGCUCGCAGGACGCCCGCCCAUGGCUGACAGGAGCCUGAUCGAGGGCGACGAGCCCUUGCCGCGCCGGGAGGAGGCUCCGGAGUGGGGCUACGAGGAAGGAGUGGAGUGGGGGCUCAUUUUCCCUGAUGCUAACGGGGAGUACCAGUCGCCCAUUAACCUGAACUCGAGAGAAGCUAAAUAUGAUCCCUCGCUCCUGGAAGUGCGUUUGUCACCAAACUACGUCGUGUGUCGUGACUGUGAAGUGAUCAACGACGGGCAUUCGAUCCAGAUUGCCCUGAAGUCAAAAUCAGUGUUAAUAGGGGGGCCAUUACCUCGAGGACAUGAGUUUGAACUACACGAUGUUCGAUUUCACUGGGGGAGAGAAAACCAGCGUGGUUCUGAGCACACGGUUAAUUUUAAGGCCUUUCCCAUGGAGCUUCAUCUAAUGCACUGGAACUCCACACUGUACAGCAGCAUUGAUGAGGCUGUAGGGAAGAAGCACGGCAUAGCUAUUAUUGCUUUGUUUGUGCAGAUAGGAAAAGAGCAUGUGGGCCUAAAGGCUGUAACUGAAAUUCUCCAGGACAUCCAGUACAAGGGAAAGUCCAAAACAAUACCCUGUUUUAAUCCCAACUCUUUAUUGCCAGACCCUCUUCUGCGUGACUACUGGGUGUAUGAGGGCUCUCUGACCAUUCCACCCUGCAGUGAAGGUGUCACCUGGAUAUUAUUUCGUUAUCCUCUGACCGUGUCCCAAGUGCAGAUAGAGGAAUUUCGUAGGCUGAGGACCCAUGUUAAAGGUGCAGAACUUUUAGAGGGCUGUGAUGGAAUCCUAGGAGAUAACUUCAGACCAACUCAGCCACUUAGUGACAGAGUCAUCAGGGCUGCAUUUCAGUAGCAGAAGAGGGAGAACAAGAGAAAUAAAUCUUUAUUCAGAGCUUAUGUAUAGUGCCCAGCACUCUGCUGCCACUUCAGAGUACUUGAGAAUGUGCUCACCUUUGAAUGCGAGACUAUAGGACAGAGGGCUAAACACCUUUGGCUUUUGACCCACACACCAUAAUCAGAGACCUGCUGGAAACACACCAAAUCUUUUGGAGCGUUCAUGGGACCAAGAGCUCUAGGAAUGGCUGAAACAUGGUGCGUUUUCAGGUUGCUUCCCACUACUUCAUUGUAAUGGGAGGGGGUGCGCACUGAGAUUUUAGGCUAACCCUGUGAUGUCAGUCUGACUUGUUUUCCCUCUGCUGAGGAUUCAAAUUAGUGAGCAGCAAAGCACUUUUGUUGCUUGUGUGACAUAUCUCUGACACAGGAGCCACAAUUUAGGCCUAUGGUAGACGAGGCAGCCCAAGAAUCGUAGGAUGGAAGAGGAAGAAAACCAUUUUGAGUUGUAUUUGUUUGUAGAAUGUAGAAUUUGUUUGUACCACAUUGGAAUUGCCCUUGUUCAGUCCUUUACUCAGCUCUUCUAGAAGUACACAAAUAUUGGUGGAGGAAUGGAAAACAGUUGGAAUUCCUUAGCAUGUGAAGAAGAUGCCAAGAAGAAACAAAAUACUGUGUUUCCUUUUCAAAACUAAUAAAGUCAUAAGGUAGUUGGGGAAUCAGACCCUGCUUAUGCUUGAAAUACAAUACUUCAUGAUGACAAGGGCUCCCACAUUUCUUCACUUGUGACUCUCUAUUGGCAUCACACAUUCUUUGCUAUCCACAAUGCACUGUUAAUCAUCAGCUUUUUUAUUAAAAGCAUUCUAAGAGUGUUACUUCCAGCUGCUUACUAGAAACCAUGUAUGAUUUGUACACUGCUACUUGGGAUGUGAUGAUGUAGUUGGGAGUGCCUGUCAUAAAAACCACGCUCACAGCAUGUUUAUUGGCAAUUUCAACACAAAAGCUGGAGUCUGAAUGCAAACUGAAUCUCCACCAUGUUAUUUUCAUUUAAGGGGAAAAUGCUGCACAUUGGUGCUGAAGCAAAAUGGUCGGAAGCUUAAAUCAUCUUUGAUAAAACUACACCUGUUUUUUAAAACAUAGAGACUCUAGAUUACUACAUGUAAAAUAUAGUAGUGUAACAGCUCUCAAAUGUCAAAGACAUUAUUACUCCAUUGGAACUGAGGAUCUGGGUAGUUACAGAAUUUGUUAUUCUAAUUAUUUACUAUUGAUUAAAACAAUGCAGUGAAAGUAUGCAAACAAACUCUUGCUAAGCAGACAGUGACAGUUUGAAAAUAAAUAGCAAACCAAACCAACAAAGUUAUUUGGGUUACUGAAAAUGUUUUUGCAACUGAUAAUUGUCACUCAAGGAAGAAAAUACCAGCAUUGACUGUUCACAGCUUUAUGUGACUAACACAACAAUUUAUGACAGAGCAGGGCUACAAAGCAAAACCUGCUGUAAUUUUUAAAAGAGCUCAAGAGAAACAAAGGUAACUUAAGUUUGUUUGUUAAGUUUGUUAAAUGCCCACAGAAACAGAUGUAGAUUCAAUAAAUUGUGUCCUUUUAAUGGAAGAAAUGUGAAGUGCUUCAGGAAAGAAAAGGAUUCAUAAGGUAGUCGGUUUUUUUAAUUUUUCUUAGAGACUAUGAAUCCAUGCCUGACCAUACUUUGAGGUGCUGUUUUGGGAAACGUAUCAGAUAAGGGUGAUGUGUGGCUUUGCCACCCAUGUGUGGCUUUGCCACCCAUGUCCUUUGAUUUUUUUAAGCUCUUAAACUUUUUGGUUUAGCCUGCUGUUAAGGAAAAGGAGGCAAGAUGCUUCUACAAGGAAAAAAUAGAGACAUUGUGUGAAACAAUAAUGAUCAGGAACAUGGUAAGACAAAAGAAGUGGUGGAAAAGCUCCUCAGAAAGAAAACUGACUACUUUCAAGCAGCAGAACAGUUUUUGAUCUUGUGUAGUGAUCUUGACCUAAGGCUGCUGCGGUGGGACAUCUUACAGUAUUUCCUUCCUAUCAGAGGGAAAGGCAGAUUAUCAUGGCCAUCCUAUUUCAUUUGCACUUUCUCAACACUUUUAGAAGACUUUGAAAAAUAAUCCUUUUUACUGAAGAUUUCUUAUAUCUUCUCUUUUAAAUGUAGUCUGUCUAUUACUUGGAGAACAUUGGGACUUUUGGUUCUUAAAAUUAUACCAGCUUGGCCCUAUCUUUGCUCCUGCCACUGUUCCUUGUUUCUGAGACAAAGUUACAGUCUCGCAUUUAUCCCAGCUUUGUACAAGAAAAUUCAUUCUCUGUGAAGAAUCUAAGUAUAUAAAUAUAUAUAUACACACACCAUAUAUAUAUUUUUAUAUAUAUAUAUAUAUAAUUAUUAUAUGAAGGAAUUAGAAAGAAAUAUUAUUAGAAGCAUAAUGAUUUUUUUUGCAUUCUGAUGACAAUUUCUGAAUUUUGAUUGACCUUGUUAAUAUUUCUUUUUUUCUUUUUAAACCAUGGGUAUUGAAAUAAUAGCUCUCACAUAUCCCAGGUAUAUACACAUUAUGGCUGAAAGCUUUUCUUUGGGGAUGGUUGUCUGAUCUGUAGAAGUCUGCACCAGAAGCAGUGGGGCUCUAUUUAGUAUAUGUAGGACUCAACCCAAGCAAAGGAGAUUUCAGAGGCAGAAAUACAAUCCAUAAACAAGCAAGGCAUCUAGGCAAUUUUCUGAUUAUAAUACACACGCACAUUUGUGCAAUUGUAACUCAAAUAUUAUAUUUCCAAAACUUUUCAGAAGACUAAGAGAAGCAGAUAUCUUCGUUUCUACAUAGAUCUUUAGCCUAAAUAGUGUAUUACUUGACUACAUAUAUUGUGGAACGGUACUAAUAAUUUAACAUGGUAGAAAAAUUACUCUUAAACAAGAGUAAAGGGUAAACAUGAAUAAUGACACUAUCAAUAAAUACAAUCAGUCAUUUGCCAGACAAUACAUUAAACAUUUCUAUAACAAACACAACUGAAAUCUCCAGACUGGCUCAUAAUUAGGCUCCUUUCCAAAAGUAAUCCAUUAAUAGAAUAGCUGCCCAAAUCCCAGUUCAACUUAAUUUCACUGACUUUGAUUUUUGGACCAAAAGCAUUAAACUCGAACUAGUGAAAAACAUACAAAAUGUGCAUUCAAUUAAGGAGUAAUUAGAUACUCAGUCACCCUUAUAUCACACUAGGGAUUAUCCAAGAAAGAAGAGAGAUACUACUCACUGCAGUGUAUAAAACAGUUUUGUUAAUUAGUUCAGCACUAAUUGAGAUUGAGAAAGUGUCAUUGUGUCACAGCAUUAGCUUGCCUACGCAGAACCUUAAGAACACAAAGUUUAUUGUUUCUUUGAGCUUACUUGGUCAGAUUUUUCAGUCUAAUUCCCUGAUCCACUAUCUUCUGUCCACACAAGAGGGGCUUUUCUUUUCACUUAAGGGAGGGGGUUGGUCCCUGCACCCUCAUAUCAGCAGCCCACAGAGAAACACACCAAGAGUUUAUUCCAGAGAUGGAGAAUAACUUGUUAUUAUUACGUGUUCUUUAACAUUACACCUUUAUACCAAACCCUGGGUAGAUAAACUGUAACUGUGGCUAUAACCAGCCACUCUGUGAAGGGCUUACAGCCUCCCUUAGAAGGUGGCUUUUGGGGGUACUGGACAAUAGCCAGGAAACGCAUGGAAAUCAUGGCACAGGUUGUCUCAUGGGUGGAUGCUGAGUUCUUAACAACGCUGCUGGUGACUGACAGCCUCUACACACCCUUCCUCUUUAAGAAGAAGAGUGGGAGCUCUCUAGAAAUGUGUUGACCCUGCAAGCAAUUGUAGCCCCAGGUGACCAUUUGCACCCAAGCACUAAUGGAUUUUUUGUGUGUACAUACUGAGCUACAGUUGGCAAUAAAAUAACCACAGGAGCCUGAGGCAACCUGAGCAGCUGAUUUUGUAACGUUAUGCUGAAGCAUGUGAAUAUGUGUUUGCAUGAAACCAAGUAUUGAUUUAUCUCUGCUGCUAAUGAAUAUUGCUGCCAUUAGGAGGGUCAAAUUGGGUGAUUGUUUUUUAUCUCCCAAGCUCACCUGACUCCCAUGAGAGCUAUGUACUCAGCACUUCACUUGGUAGGGCCCCUAAAAUAGUAAGUGGUAAAAAUUUCUCUGUGACAAGUGUAUUUUGCUUUUUAUAAUAGUUUACCACCAUGCUCUCCACAUUAGAAUCAAUUAUCUGAUUGAUUCAGAAAGCCAAUUGUGAAGCUUUGUUUCAACUUAUUAAUUUUACUACUGCAUCUAAUUAGUUGCUUUUAUUGCCAUUUCCUCCAUUGCUAGUAAAUCUUUCAGCACUAGCUUUACCCUAAAAAAGAAGAAUCAGGGCCAUUAUGUCACUGAAGUACAUACCCUGAAAGUGCCCCCACCUGCUGUCAUGAAAUCCCUGCUUUUAGUUUUCCCUGUCUCCCUGGCUGGACAUAAACAGUCUUUCAGACCCACUGCGGAGGAAUUUCAGUAACAUAAUUGUUCCAUUCUCU